AACGGUAUCAGUGCUUACUUAGUGUUUAAGCAAAGCGGACGCAGAAGUCGAUCAGUUGCCAGCUAUGAAGGUAUUCGUUGCUCUUGCUGCCCUCUGCGCUGCUGCCCAGGCCGGUCUCGUUGGCCACGCCGCACUCUCUACCGGUUCGUCGGUGUCGUCGCGCGCCGAGGACGGCCUUGGCAACUACAAAUUCGUCUACGAUGAGAAGCACGCGACUGGUGGAAGCUUCCGUUCGGAGGCUGGCAACAAGCUCGGCGUGGCCGGGUCGUAUGGUCUCGUUGACAUUGACGGCCGUUCCCGUGUCGUGAACUAUGUCGCUGACGGUCUUGGUUUCCGCGCUUCGAUCAAAACCAAUGAACCCGGAACGGCCCCUGCUGCUGCUGCUGCUACCUCGAUUAUUACACCUGGAGCUGCUGCUAUCACCAAGACCGUUGCAGCUGCGCCAAUUGCUUCGUAUGCCGCACCCGUUGCCGCUAUUGGACACGGUUUCGCUCUUGGACACGGAGCCGGUCUUGGAUACGGCUACCAUUAAGUAGGACUGUCAAUACACGCUUAAUGACGAUGUGAACAACAGGACAGCUGACGACAAACAGCGAAUCAAUUCUGUACGAAAUAGGGGAGGGUUUAUACAUCCUUCAGCCUAUCACUACUGAACUAAAGAUAAAUAUAUGUGUAUCAUAGGUCGACAGAAAAAUGUCGUGAAAUAAACGUGGUCAUCUGCACGUGUUCUGUUUAACAUUUUGGCCUGCAACUGACACUAACACGCCAAAGAAGAACCUAAAACGAGACUGAUCAAUAAUUUUCCGAUGUUCCGGCAUUAAACCCGCAUCGAACAUAAUCGUCCUGCACGAACCUCCUUUCUAGUGAAUCAACUAUAUAGUUCGUGAUUUAUACGUUAUUUUAUACAGUUGACAUUUCUACUUGACAUCGGUUGUUCUUUUAUAGUGAAUAGAAAUAAAAGGUAUUACUACUGUUACCUGUUUAAAAUGUACCAAA